AUGGAAAGAAACUCAACUAUUUCCACCGACAUCCUGGAGAUCCAAGGUUUUGACAUCUCUCCAGAGUUCAUGUAUCCCCUGUUUUUCCUCCUGCUAUUUGUUUACUUCUCCCUGCUGUUUUCCAACAUCGGAGUUCUCGUGCUCAUCAUCACCGAGAAGAGCCUCCACCAGCCGAUGUACAUCCUCUUCUGCAACCUGUCCGUCAACGACCUGAUAGGCAACACGGUCCUGCUGCCUCGGCUGAUGUCUCACAUCCUUUCUACGGAGCGCUUCAUCACCUACAACCAGUGCGUGGCCCAAGCCUUUUACAGCCACACAUUCGGGUCGGCGUCGCACAUGAUUCUGGUCAUCAUGGCCAUCGACAGGUACGUGGCCAUAUGUCACCCCUUGAGGUACAGCUCCAUCAUGACCACCAGAGCUGUGGUCGGACUCUCGGCGACGGCGUGGGGGGUCUCCUUAGUGCUCGUUUCUGUUCUGAUCGGCCUCACGGUGAGGCUGUCUCGCUGCAGGUCGGUCGUGCAGAACGCUUACUGCGACAAUGCAUCGCUGUUCAAGCUUUCCUGUGAAGACGUCUCCAUUAACAACAUCUACGGACUGGUUUUCACCGUGCUGCUGUUCUCCUGUUCAAUGGGAGGCAUCGGCAUCACCUACUUCAGGAUAGCUCUCAUCUGCUGGAUGAAGAAAAACAAAGAGCUGAGCAACAGAGCCCUGCAAACCUGCGCGAGCCACCUCGUUCUUUAUCUCAUCAUGCUCCUGUCAGGGUUUCUAACAAUCAUCCUGCACCGUUUCCCAAAGUACCCUGAUCUGAGGAAGAUUGCGUACAUUUUGUUUCAUGUUGUUCCCGCUAAUUUAAAUCCAAUCAUUUAUGGAAUGCAGACGAAAUCGUUACGGCAUAAAAUCACCCAGAUACUGCAGGGAAAAGUCACUCCCACAUAG